AUGAUUGUGGAUAUCGUUAUUCACGGGGACAUUCUCUGUCCAUGGUGUUUCUUACAAAAGAAAAGCCUUGAAGAAGCUAUGAAACGAUACCAAGCACUUCACCCCGAGGUAGAAUUCGAUGUCAUCUGGAAACCUUUCCUUCUCUACCCUACUCUACGAAAAGGUGACAAGAGAGCUCUUUACGAAAAGAUCAUGUCCCCAGAGAAACUUCGUCUCUUUACCUCCCGUCUUCAAACAGCUGGGGCUCACCAUGGCGUCUCGUUCUCUGUUACUGGUAAUACAGGGCCCUCACAGCCUGCUCUUCGUCUCGCUACUCUAGCAUUGCAGAGUCGCGGGCCAAUCGUCCAGUCCGCGGUCCUUGAUGCAUUGUUCCGAGGCCACUUCGAGCACGGAGAGGACAUUACCAACGAAUCGUGGUUACUGCAUGUGGGCAGGACAGAGGGGCAACUCGACGAUGAUGCUAUGAGAGCGGCAUUGAUGGGACCAGAGAUUGGUAAAGUGUUGGAAGAAGAAGUCAGGAGUGCUGCGGUGGGGGGCGUAGAAGCUGUACCAUGUGUUACGGUGCAAAAUAGAUUUCGAGUUGGGGGAUAUCAAGCGGCAAACAUCUUUGAAGGAUUGUUCGACAAGAUACGGCGGGAGAAUAGGUGA